UUCUUUGCCGGAAGUGGGAAGAGAAGAGAGGCGUGUUGCACUCUCCGGGGGUCUGCAAAUUUAUGGCUGGGGGAUAAUUGUUGCUCCAAAGCUCCGAGGUGCUUGGGUGGAUACAAUUACCCACUUUGCGAAAAAAGCCUAGAACGCGCGCGGAGGGGUGUUUUUGGUGUGUAUCCUGUGCUUUACUUGACGGGGCACUCCGAAUCCACUUCUGUCGUUUUCAACUUAAGCAGAUAACAUGGAGGCACCUCCAGUCACCAUGAUGCCUGUCACUGGGGGUGCCAUUAACAUGAUGGAGUACCUGCUACAGGGAAGUGUUUUAGAUCACAGCUUGGAAAGCCUCAUCCACCGCCUUCGUGGUCUGUGUGACAACAUGGAACCUGAGACUUUCGUUGACCAUGAGAUGGUAUUCCUCCUUAAGGGCCAGCAGGCCAGUCCAUUUGUUCUAAGGGCCCGACGCUCUAUGGAUAGGGCAGGGGCACCCUGGCAUCUGCGCUACCUGGGACAGCCAGAAAUAGGAGACAAGAACCGCCAUGCUCUGGUGCGUAGCUGCGUGGACAUUGCAACAUCUGAAAACCUUACUGACUUCCUGGUGGAAAUGGGCUUCCGCAUGGACCAUGAGUUUGUUGCCAGGGGACACCUGUUCCGUAAGGGCAUCAUGAAGAUUGUGGUGUACAAGAUCUUCCGCAUCCUGGUGCCAGGGAACACAGACAACACUGAGGCCUUGUCACUCUCCUAUCUUGUGGAACUAAGUGUUGUUGCACCAGGUGGGCAGGACAUGGUCUCUGAUGACAUGAGGAACUUUGCAGAGCAGCUGAAACCUCUGGUUCACCUAGAGAAAAUAGACCCCAAAAGGCUCAUGUGACUAAGACAGUCUGUCCACCACUGAGGCUUGACCUUAGCUAUUACAAAAAAGGAUGUUAUAAUUGCCCCAUGCCUCUUCCUGAGGCAUUCUUCCCUCAGGAAGGAGGACAAUGAGAACUGUGUUCUUUGCAUUGUUUUCCUCAUAUGGCCAGUUCACUUUUGUGACAGGCUUUCUAAAUUAAAGGCUAAGGAUAACAUGGAGAAUCUAGAUAAUCCCUCUGCAGAAAGAGGGGAAACUGGAGUAAAGUAGCUUUGGGGAAGAAAAUUCUCUUACUUGUUUUGCCAUUUGUGUGUAAGAUUUGUAAAACAGAGACCGCAUUUGUAUUGUGCGACAAUAAAGGCU